AUGAUCACUCCAACAUACAAGAGACUAACACAGAAAGUUGAUUUGGUGAGACUGUGUCAAACACUGAUGUUAGUAUCAAAUGUAACUUGGAUUGUCAUUGAAGAUGCAAGUACCUACAGUAAAGUGGUGACCAAUGUACUGAACAACUGUAAGGUGAAGUCAGUACAUUUGCAUGAGAAGACGACUACCUUUGUUUCAAGGCGUAAAGGGGGCGGGGGCCACAGGGGGGUGGAGCAAAGGAACAGAGGAUUGAAAUGGAUCAGAGAUAAUCACGGACUGAAGGAUAGUAAAAUGGGUGUGGUCUACUUCGGUGAUGAUGACAAUGGAUACGAUAUAAGACUGUUUCAUGAAAUGAGGUUUACUAGUAUUGUCUCAGUCUGGCCAGUUGGAUUCGUUGGAAUGUUAAGGUAUGAAGGUCCUAACUGUCAGGAUGGACGUGUGGUGAGUUUCCAUACCAGCUUCAGACCCGAUAGAACAUUCCCCCUGGAUAUGGGAGCAUUUGCUGUUAAUUUACAAAUAUUAAUGAAUAAACCUGAGGUCUAUAUUAAUCAUAAAAGUGCAGCUGGGAUGCUGGAGACAACGUUUCUAUCAGAUCUUGAAGUAAAACCAUCACAGCUGGAGGCAAGAGCUAAUGACUGCAAAAAUAUCUAUGUAUGGCACAUUAAGACGGAGAAGCCUAAGAUGCCUUAUGAGAGACAGAACCCUGGGGACAAGACCAUUGAAGUUUAACGACUUUUGUAUAAUAAUAAUAAUACUUAUAAUAGUUUUAUUUAUACUUCUUUAUAAUUUUCAUCUUCUGAUAUCUGAAAAUUAAUAAUUUUUAAAAUAAUUAUUAUUAACCUGAUGUAAUGCAGUAUAGAAAUUAACACCACCAGCAUCUGUGUCUUUAUUAAACCCACCUAUUAUUAUUAUUAUUAUUAUUAUUAUUAUUAUUAUUUAUUAAUAAUAAGCUAAAAACUACACAUUUCAUACAUCAUUACAACACAUUACA